GGGCUCUAGUGAAGCUGGUAAAAGCAGAGUUCCUAUCCCAUAUCCAAACACCAGCUAUGUCCCACAGCACCAGCUGCAGCACAGCCUGCACCAGCCUGGACCCCGGGCCACCCCUCCUGGCUCUGGACAGGGCAGAUCAUAUCUGGCAGUGUGUAAAACACGAGGUGAUCUCCGCUCUCUGCGGCCACAAGUUCACCGCCGUGCCUCACCUGCACGACGCUCACCUUUUCCACCCCUUCCACUUGAUCGGCAAACGCACAGAGCGCUCGCUACUGUCGCGAAAAGUCCGCAACCUCUUCCCGCUAGGACCGCUGCAGGACCUGCUAGACGACCGCAAAGACCUCUACGGUGCAUCGCUGGCCAAGGAGGGUCCGGAGCGCCGAGACUUCCUCCACGAGGCGGUCUUGGACGGGCUGGGGCGGGUGCGGGUGCAGGUAAACCACACCUGUAAGGAGACAGCGGCGUGUCUCCUCCCACCACACAGACAGUUGGUCCUCAGAGACGACCUGCCCUGGCUGGACUCUGUGCGUCGCCUCUAUCUGGUGAGCCAGGCGUACUGCAGCUCUGACAUCAGACUGAGGCUCUUGGGGACAGAGAGCAGAACUGAGCUCCGGCUGGGGCCCGACACCCCGCUGGGAUUCUCCUGCCUCCGGCUCUCCGUCUCCCCUUCCGGCCUGCUGGAGGUGUGCCGCGGCCUGGAGGACAGCUGCCCCCACCCCCGGGCCAGGUGGGCCCGCUACGGCUCACCAGAGUACCACGCCCUGACGGCAGAGAGACCCGCCGCGCCCAGGCUGAUGGGCCUCCUGUCGCAGUUCGUAUUCCACAUCUACGGUCACUCCGCCACUUCUCUGCUUGCCUCGGCCGUCACCCCGCCCGGCUUCUCAAGCUCCGAGGUCCCCCUGGACUACCAGGAGGAGCAGGAGAUCUCCACCCAGGCCCUCCUGCCCGUGGAGGAGGAGGAGGGUGGCUGAGGGAGGAGAGGAGG